UCUUGUAGUUUCCGCUUCUUCUUGGGGCUUGUUUGUUUGGUUCUUUUAGAGCAAGUAGGGCAAAAAAAGAUUGCGUGUUUUAGGGUUUUUUUUUGGGGGGAGAGAGAGAGAUGGGAAGGGGAAGGGUUCAGUUGAAGAGGAUAGAGAAUAAGAUCAAUAGACAGGUGACGUUCUCCAAAAGGAGAGCGGGUCUUUUGAAGAAGGCUCACGAGAUCUCUGUUCUUUGCGAUGCCGAAGUUGCUCUUAUUGUCUUCUCCCAUAAAGGGAAAUUGUUCGAGUACUCCACCGAUUCUUGCAUGGAGAAGAUACUUGAGCGGUAUGAGAGGUACAACUACGCCGAGAGACAGCUCGUUGCUCCUGACUCGGACAUAAAUGGGAACUGGGCAAUGGAGUAUAACAGGCUUAAGGCUAAGAUUGAGCUUUUGGAGAGAAACCAAAGGCAUUAUCUGGGAGAAGACUUGGGCUCAAUGAGCCUCAAGGAACUCCAGAAUCUUGAGCAGCAGCUGGACACUUCUCUUAAGCACAUUCGCUCCAGAAAAAAUCAACUCAUGUCCGAAUCCAUCAACGAGCUGCAGAGGAAGGAGAAGGCUAUACAGGAGCAAAACAGCAUGCUGUCCAAGCAGAUCAAGGAGAGGGAGAAGGUCCUUAAGGCGCAACAAGACCAUUGGGAACAGCAGAACCAUGGCCGCAGUUUCAUGCCUCCGCAACCGCUACCCGUGCCACCGCCGCCUCCUCCUCCGUCUCUGCCACAUCAUCCGCACCACCCUUUCAUGUUCCCUCAUGACGCUUCUCCUUUCCUCAACAUGGGCGGAAUGUACCAAGAAGAUCCAACGGGGAUGAGGAGGAACGAUCUCGACCUAACUCUUGAACCCAUUUUCGAUUGCAACCUUGGCUGCUUCACAUAAUAUAUAUAUAUAUAUAUAUAUAGCGGUAAUUAAUAAUAACAAAUAGCCAUAGCUUAUAUUAUGACUAUUUGUUCAUAAUUAUUAGCAAGCUUUUGCUUUUGGUAUGUGUGACGGCAACAACCACAAUGUAAUAUUAUGGGCCGGAGAGAGAGAGCACGAGGGAUAACACAAGAUUUGCUCGAACAUUUCUCACCCUAUGAUAAUUUGUGAUUUGUAAUUUGAAUUUCUGUUUGUUUAGUUUUAUAUAUCACUUGUUUGUACGUA